CCCCGUCUCCUCCCCCAGAAUGCCCCGCGCCAGGCAGCCUUUGAAAAAGCGGCGCGGCUCGUUCAAGAUGGCGGAGCUGGAUCAGCUGCCUGACGAGAGUUCUUCAGCAAAAGCACUUGUGAGCUUGAAAGAGGGAAGUUUAUCCAGUUCAUGGAAUGAAAAAUACAAUUCUCUGCAGAAAACACACAUUUGGAAAAGCAAGAAUGCUGGUUCUGCAGUGGAAAUGCCCUUCAGAAAUUCAAAACGGAGUCGGCUCUUCAGUGAGGAAGAUGACAGACAAAUAAACACAAGGUCCCCCAAAAGAAAUCAGAAGGUUGCAAUGGUUCCACAGAAGUUUAGUACAACAAUGUCCACGCCAGAAAAGAAAGUGUCACAGAAGAUUGGUUUACGGCUUCGGAACCUGCUCAAACUGCCCAAAGCUCACAAGUGGUGCAUAUAUGAAUGGUUCUAUUCAAAUAUAGAUAAGCCACUAUUUGAAGGAGAUAAUGAUUUCUGUAUAUGCCUGAAAGAAUCUUUUCCAACUUUGAAAACCAGAAAAUUGACAAGAGUAGAAUGGGGGAAAAUCAGGCGAUUAAUGGGAAAACCACGGAGGUGUUCCUCUGCAUUCUUUGAGGAAGAGAGGUCAGCAUUAAAACAGAAACGGCAGAAAAUCAGACUUUUGCAGCAGCGGAAAGUUGCAGAUCUUUCACAGUUCAAAGAUCUUCCAGAAGAAAUUCCAUUACCACUUGUAAUAGGAACAAAAGUUACAGCCCGUUUGCGAGGUGUCCACGAUGGUCUGUUCACUGGACAAAUAGAUGCUGUAGACACUCUUAAUGCUACCUACAGAGUGACUUUUGACAGGGCAGGUCUUGGAACACACACAGUCCCAGAUUAUGAAGUUCUUAGUAAUGAGCCUCAUGAAACCAUGCCAAUUGCUGCCUUCGGACAGAAACAACGGCCUUCGCGCUUCUUCAUGACUCCUCCCCGAUUGCCCUACACUCCUUCACUCCAGUCUCCAAUCACAGACAGUGAUCCUUUAUUAGGACAAUCUUCUUGGAAAAACAAAAUUUCAGGCACAGAUAGUGAAACACUAGGAGGCUUUCCAGUAGAAUUCCUCAUUCAAGUGACCAGGUUAUCGAAAAUCCUUAUGAUCAAGAAGGAGCACAUCAAACAAUUGAGAGAGAUGAACACAGAAGCAGAAAAGCUGAAAUCCUAUUCCAUGCCAAUUGGCAUUGAGUUUCAGAGGAGAUAUGCAACUAUUGUUCUGGAUCUAGAACAACUAAACAAAGACUUAAAUAAAGUUUUGCAUAAAGUUCAACAGUAUUGCUAUGAGCUUGCUCCUGACCAGGGCCUCCAGCCUGCUGACCAGCCCACGGAUCUGAGGCGCAGGUGUGAAGAGGAAGCUCAGGAGGUCGUCAGACAAGCCAAUACCUUGUCAACAGGACAACUCUGUGUGGAGAGUGAAAAUUUAACUGAUCUUAUCUCCAGACUUACAGCAAUAUUACUGCAAAUUAAGUGUCUAGCAGAAGGAGGUGAUCUGAAUUCCUUUGAAUUUAAAUCACUAACAGAUUCAUUAAAUGACAUUAAGAAUUCAAUAGACUCCUCAAAUAUCAGCUGUUUUCAGAAUAACGUUGAGAUCCAUGUUGCACAUAUUCAGAGUGGUCUGAGCCAGAUGGGAAACUUACAUGCUUUUGCAGCCAAUAACACCAACAGAGACUGAAAACUUCCUUUCAAGUGUACAGCAAGUAGUUCUGGAAAAUCUUCUUCCUUUCUAUAGGCUUCACCAAAUACCAUAACUGCCAGAAGAUAAGGGAAGAGAAAACCUCUCAGAAAGGACCCUUUUAAAUAUAUUGUAUCUGCUUCUUAAGGAAACCAGCGUUCCAUUAGAUUUCUCCAUUUGUUAUUCACAUGCAGUAGUUUUGCUAACUGGUAAUCUCUUAGUAAUUGCAUUGAUUAUAGUAAACUUGAAAGCAUACUUUCAUAUAAUUUGAACUUGGUUUUUAAAAGUUCAGAUGAAUUCUGCACACCUCUUGCUGUCGGAUCUCCUGGUAUGUUAGAAGUGCUGAAGAGGAAAUGGCUGGAGUUAGUAGCCACAUGGCAGAUCUUUGUUGUGUAAAGCUGCACCUCUGUGUAGCUCUUCAGAGCUGCCAGCUCAGCCCUUGGGAAGCCCUGACCUACGGAAGCAGCAGCAGGAUACAGCCAGCAAACAUAAGCUGUAACCUGGAGGAUGUUGGGCAGGUCUAUCGAUGAGUCAAUGUCUUGUUGGAACUCUUAAUUUAUCAUAACUUAUAGAAGGAGUCUAAUGAAGGAAUAUAAAAAUGUAACUUAACUUUCCAGAAAGAGAUUGGUUAUGGCUUUUUCCCUGCACACAGGACAAAAGAAGUGUUUUAGGUGGUAUUUUAUAUAAGUGACUGGUUAAACUUACUGUUUUUCCAAAUUCUUGUUUGUUUUGCACAAAUUUUAAAUUAGAUUACUGGUUAUUCAACAAUACCCACCAUAUACAAAUAUGAAGAUUUUUAUAAUUAAAGAUAACCAGUGAGGUAAACUGCAAAAAUAAGAAGUGAUAGCCUGCCUAUACCUUUUGGAAUGUUAAUCUUGUAAAAAGUGUGUAUUGGUUUGUUUAAAUAGUCUUGUAAAGCUUCUGUGUAAUGAAUUGUUUCUAGAUAUGGAUUUUCAGAGAUAGCUGUAGAGAUGUUUUUGAUUCUUUUAGAUGCCUCAUUAAAUAAGGUCUUUUAUAUGUUAAUGUAUAAAGAAUAUGUAAACAGGAUUAUUUUCAAUUUUAAAAUUUUGUAUAGUUUAAAGAUGCUUCGGUAUUCUGUGUUGGUAUUGUGCCACUGCAAAACUUUAGUGCAGAGUUUAUAUUUAGCUAAAUUUGUUCUGUUAAUUAAGAGAAAUGCAUAAAUCUUUUAUUCUCAAUGAAAUUUGUAACUGAAUAAAUUGACCUAUGAGAGUUGAUAUAUUUCACAAAAAUGCAAAAUUUUUUGCAGAUGGUCUCAGGUAAUUUUUUUAAGAGAAGUUAAUUGCUGAAAACGAAAUGUUAUGAGGAUGAGGUAAGUAGCUGUUUUAAAAGGUAUUUUAAAAACUUACAAGGGAUACUAUAGAAUACUGAUGAACAGUAAUUUAGCUGAGUUACCCAGGAAAACUUACCUCUCAUAGUGCAAUAGAACAUCACAGUGGUCCCUGCAGUUGCUUUUGUAAUUAUAUCACUUGUUAUUUUGUGGUGUUACGAUCUGUUUGAUAAAGAAGACAGAAAGGAGUCCUCUCCCACCACCCUUUCCAUGUAAACAGAGAAAGGUGCCAAAGCCUAAUUUCAGGUACAUAAAUUUAGUCAGGCAGGAAGGAAUCUGCUCUACGGCUAACUCAGGAAGAAGGAACCAUCCCCUUGCACCCCUGUACUCCGGUGCCUGCUGCUCCCUCUGCUCUGAUCCCAUCCUGCUGUUGGGACUCAAGCUCAGCGUGUGCACUGACGGCUUUUGAGGAGCAGGACUUCCAGUAGGAAACACCAGGAGGGUCAUUUGGCCCUGUUCACAGCAAACAUCCCAAACUGAGGGGGAGACAAGUUGUAGACACUAGUAGAUACCAGAGGAUUUAGGAACCUGCUUUUCAUCACAGCCUUUUAUCCUACUGGACACAGAAUACAUUGCAAUAACCACCACACUCCAAUUUUGUUUCUGAUUUCUUAGGUAUGAUGGUUUUUAAAUGUGGAUACUUAAAUGUGCUCUCCAGCAUGUUUUCUGUUGCUGUAGGUUUUUUUAAUUACUGGAGGGUAGUAUAUCAUAGAAAGAUCUGUCAUUUGUGAUUAGCCAAUUCCCUUCACAUAUCAUUGUCCCACUCAUGUAGGCAAUGUGAAUAUACACAUCUUUUCUUUUCUUUGAAAGGCUGCAUUUCUCCUUGCUUACUGAUGUGUUAGGUCAGAGUUAGUGUUGAAUCUUGGUGACAGUAACAAAUCCAACUGCUUUUGCUGAGUCUCAAGAGCUCACUGCAACUACCAUACAUGAAAUCUGCAGAAUAAGUUACUUUGAUUUAUUAUAAUCAGUAAACUUGAAUUUACCCUGAGCCCCCAGGAAACCAUGGUCUCAUUUUCUGUCUCUUCCUGCAAGUGCUUCUCCCCUGGGGUUUGCCUGAUCCCCAGCAUAGCACCCAAGUCCACUUGGGACAGAUGGUACCUGAGGUAGGUUGGUUGGUUUUUGGUUCAUGUUUUUUUCAAGGAUAGCUCUGGGGGUUUUUGGAUGCAGAGUACUGAUCAGCAACCCUGCCAUGUCACUUCAGCUUGCAGUCCAAGCAGUGAUCAGCUGUCCCAGAUCUCACAAGCACAGGUAUGUUAUGGGGUGGGAUUUUGUGCAUUGGUAACCUUAUUCUGUGGGGCAUGAUUCCUGGUACAGGGUAUUUCUGCCACCAGUACAUGGGUCACUAUUCCUGUGCUUCUGGCAUUUGGAUGCUUUUCCAUAACUUACAACUUGCUCUGCUAGCCUCUGAAGUACUAUUUUGUAAGCAGGAAGAAUUGGCCUUAUGCUCAAAAUACAUACAGAGUAAUGAGUCCUUUCUCAAUAAAUUGAAUUAGAGGAGAGACUUCUGUUGUUACUGAUUUUGCCAUUCUCAGUGCAGAGCCAUGUAAACAGCUCCCGAGUAGUCCCUGCCUACAGCUAAAGCACCCUUACAGUGUCCACAAAUUACUCCCAUUUCUCUUGGUUUAACAUUAUCCUUGGCUUAAGUGGCAGACUGGAGGCUUUUGUCUGAGCACUUGAGAUCUGGGGGGUUGUAUUACUUAGGCCAGACAUCUCCAUUUUCAUUUAGGGAUGGGGGUGUUUUUUUAGGGCAGAUUUAAGACAAACACUGUCAGAGAAAGUUUAAGGCAGUUUCUGUAACCUGUCCUUUGGGCCCCUUAGGUCUGUUAUCCACAUCUGAACUGCAGCCAUAGCUCUCCAGGACCUGGGAGGAGAACCUGCAGCUGAUAUCUACCACUUCUCUACCCCACCGUCAGCCAAGCUUCUGUCUCAUGGUUAUUGAGAAAAGGAUCCAAAUGUGAAGCAAGUUUUACUCCAUUGGUUCAAAACCAGAAGACAAUACACCAGAACCAGAACUGUCCUGGUAUGGCUGGAUGCCUGUUACAAUAUGAACACAAACCCGUGAUCUUUCUCUGCCCUUGGCUGCCCUGGUGCUAUUAAAAUCCACCAAGUUUUCCCUCUCUGAGUGGGACUACCUGGAGAAUCCUUCAUCUGGCUUCCCUGUGCUUCCCUGCUGCUUCUCAGGCAUGUGCCAAGCAAAAGGAGAGCCACUCCUGUGAAAUCCUCUCCAGAUCUGUGGGUCCAGGUUGCUGGUUUUCUUCAUGUAAGCAUGUAAAAAUCAUAAAUUGUGAAAAAAAAGGGUGAUGAAGUGCUCUCUGGAGCACUUGAAGAAUAGCCAUAGUUUAGAUAAUGGCAAUUUUUUUUUCUUUGGGUGGAGUUUGAGCCAUUUGGGAAGUUGUUCAUUGAACAUUGAUAUGAACAGGAAGGGGAGCAUAACACAAAGAGGACAGCAACAACCCUGAGGCUGGGAGACUUGUGUGGCUGCUGGUAUCAUAUGCUGAAGCAGAAAUUGGUUUGGGAUUUUGGAAGGGGAAGCAGUGCUGGUCAGUCCUGGCUGCCAUGCUGGGUACAGGCUGAUUCAAUGGCCAUGAGGAUAAUGCAUUUUGCAGCAGAGAAGAGGCUCGUGUCUGUGCAGCUUUCAGGAGGAAUUGUGCCAUCACACCCCGCAAACAGCAAACAGUGCCAAGUUGUGAAAGGGCUUGUGCCAGUAAGUCUCACCAAGUUUUUGGCAGGCCAUCGAACCAACACCCAGGGAAGGCUCACAGACUGGUUGAUGCACUGUCUCCUCAUGUUUUGCAGUCUUUGCUGGUGAAGGUAGGCUAGAUAUCCCUGGCUUGGCCCCUUAGAGGGACUUCUUGCCAGAACAGUGGGUCCCUGUAAGAUGAAACAGAAGUCAGGCUUUAAAGAGUAAGAUAUUGACAUUUCCCCAUGAGGUCAUGGAGGAUCCCAGAAGAAGCCAUACCUGAAAACCAAGGAGUCCUCAGUCACAGACUGAGAGAGGAGGUGCAGUGCAUGUAAAGCUGUGAAAGUACCCCAGGAAACCCAGCCCAUUCACAUGGAGUAUGUCCAGCUAUAGAGUAGUAGAGAUACUCAGGCACAAACAAGGACAGUGUGGAUUUAGACAUUUUGGGGGCUAGACUUGAGUCCUGGAUAAGCUUCAGCUUUGUUUCAACUAACUCAGCUUUGUUAUUUUCUUAAUAGUGAGUACAGUGCAAUACUCUCUCCCAAAAGCUCUGGAAGCUGCUGGUCCAGUUCAGAAAGGGGGCUGGGUGUGUGAUGCUCCUCUCCAAUGAUUUUUACUGCACAAUAGCUUUUAGCCAGGUUCCAGCAGCAUCCUGGUGGCACCAGUGAUAACAGUGUAAAAGCAUUUGGUCUCUUCUAGUUUGGACAGUCAUCCAUGAAACACUAAGAGAGCUACCUACAGUGAGCUAUUACAGCUGUUGGUCACUGCUGACCUGGGCCACAUUUGAUUGCUGAUCCUGAUAGGAGAGGUUUCACUCUGUCAUUCUUCUCCAGAGGUUUCUGCUCUUCCUGGAAAAAAAUAAUCAAAGGCAUUUCUAAUGGAUGCAGAAAAAACAAGCAAACAUAUCACCAGGCUUUUACUUCUGUGCUGGUAUUGCAUUGCUUCCUGUGACCCUCUCUCCUCCCAGCAAUGCCUAGAUUUCAGGUUGCAUAGGCUGGGUGGAAUAUAUUUUAGAACAAGACUCUAUUUAGCUGUGAUGUCAACUGCAGCCAACUAUAAAAAGCUCAGUAAUGCUCUUUGAAAGUGUAACAGCUGCUGCUCUACACAGUCCCUGGUGUAUUACAGGUCCGCCCUACUUCAUGUUCACACAACCAAAAUAAAAUACAAUAGCAAUCAUUAAAUAGUUCAAGGAAUUUGGGACAUAAUCUCCCCAGAAACCAGGAGGAAUUCAAGGUUAGACAAAUUGAGUAUUUUUGCACAGUUUGUUAACAGAAAGGGAAUUUUAGCUGGAUUUGCAAAAUUGACUUUUACCUCCCAUUGACUAUGUGCUAUCAAUGAUCCCUACACAGUGACAACAGAGCAGCAAACCUUCCUGCUGAUUUCUUACAUGGGGUAAAUCCAUCAAUAAGUUACCCAGCAUAUAAAACCCAUUUUCAUCCUUAACUGGAUUUCGUCAUCUGUAUUUAAAAAAACACUGAUCAGGUCAAAAUUUCCCAUAAAAGCAGAAAAGGAAACAGUCAAAUGAAACGUUAUUUAUUAAUCUAGAUGAACAGACAGAAGUGAAUGACUGUGGAAUUGUGCUAGCACUGCACAUCCUCACAGUACUGGAGAGGUCGUUUUGGCUGGGUCUCUGUUAAGGACAGCCUUGAAAUGCUGGAUGUUGUAGCAAAGUCUUUUUUUUUUUUUUUUUUUUUUUUUUAAUUCUGAGCAAUAAACAUUCAGGAGUGAUCCCCGCAUUUCGCUCUGUGGACUUUCUUCUCUUGAGGACUUUGAAAAAUCUCCCAGGCAUAUGUCUGCUUUACUAGAAAAUGGGAAGGGUUGAGCAACCUGCCCACAAUGAUGUGAAAGUCAGUGAGUGGUAGAGCAAAAAGGUGAGCCUGGCUGUGCUUGCCCCCUUCCCUAGCUGCUGGCCUGUCAUCUGGUGAGCUGACAUUACCAGUGGCACAUCCAAUUCCUUUGCCUGAAACCGAGAGAGCUCAAACAAUGAGUCCAGGAAGCAACAGCUACAUAAAAAAGAAGGGAAGUUUCAGAAGAAAAUCUCCUGAGUGCCCAGUUUGCUGCAGUGGUUGCUUGAAGUCCUGCUGGGCUGAGCUGUGGCUUGGCAGGGCCUGUAGUGGGGACAGAACCCUCCUGCCUUGCAGAGCCUCCAGCUCCUUUCUGCAUCCUUGACAGGACUAAAUGGUGCAAAGUGGCUGCAAUGUUGCAGGCAGGGUGGUUUGGUUUGUAGUGAAGAUAGGCCUUUGUAGUGUGGGUGGGGAGCAGGCUGUUCCAAGGGACGUGCCAGCUCCUGUGACAUGGGUUUGGAGCAGCCCUGAGCUCACCAGUCUGCAGGAAAUGUUUGGCUGCCAGACACGGCUGUUCCCAGAGGUGACAGGACAGUCAGGCAAUGUGAGCAAUGGUUUGGCACCAGCCAAAGCCAUUGGGAUGGAAACAUGGACACCAUGGGAUGGGCUUGGCGUGUCUCUGAGCACCAGCUGCACCCAGCCCCCAAGAAGGGAUGUUUAAUCCAUGAGGGAAUCAGAGGCACCCAGAAAUGAAAGCAAGCAAUCUCCAGGCAGACAGAAAGCUUGGGAGGGAGCCAGGGAGCAGCCCUGGUGCCUGUCCUUCCCUGGCAGCUCUCUGGAAACCCCCUCGGGCUCCCCCACCUUGCCAGGACUCGUGGCUGUUCAUGGUGUGAGCAGGAAAAGGACCUGGCUGGGGAGGUGGUUUCUUCUACCCACAGACACACGUGCAAACACACAGAGUAUGCUUGUUUAAACAAAGUGAUGCUGAAGAAAGGUGACUUGUGUCAACACACAGAGACUAAUUUACAUGCCACAGUGUGCAGCAAUAUGGUGUCAGGUAAGAGCUGGCACAUUUUUCGUGUCCAGCCAUGUACACAUAAUGGUAUCACAGGGGGAGACGAGUUGCUGUGGAAUUAAAGGUUGUGUUUUCUUUAACAGCACCUAGGAAACAGGAUACUGGAAAUCCUUGAACAUUCAAUAACUUCCCAGCCAGUGCCUCUAACAGUCUGCAGAUUAUUUAAGAUUUUACUAUAUCCCUUGACAACUAAGAGCUCAGUUCUUUAGAUGUUGAGCAGCCUCCAUUCUAAAUAGGGACAGCUGAAACUUUUCGCAAAGCUUUUCUCUACCUUUGCCUGAGGAUUUGUGAGAACCAAGUGGCUUCCACAAUUCUAGAAGUGAGACUGGUAAAUUGUUGGCCAUGAGCCCAUUUGAUUAAAGAAGAGAAUAAACAGUCCUGCAAUCCUAGAUGGGUGACAAGAUGAAACUGUCUGUCUCAUAUAAUAGCCAUGGAAACCUCGGGCUCCUGGUGUUCUGAUUCCCUAGCUAUGAUUUUCCACGGUGACCAAGUGAUUUAUUUAAUCCUUUCACUACUUCUUUGUAGUCUUGGAUCUUUGAGGUGUCAGGAGGAAUCAUCAAGCCAACUCCUGCAACACAUUAGAAGGGAACAUCUUGUGCUGUAUCACUGGGGAAUAAAAAAACCCUACUUCCUUUCAAAACACAUUUUUUUCCCUGUAAUAUAUUUUACAAGUUGGGGAAAACAAGCCCUUUCAAAAAAUAAAAUUAACUGAAAAUUUGGACCCCUUUGCAAUGAAUGUGAUCUCAAAGCUAACAUCUUUUUUCUUUCACAUGUGGUUAUAACAAUUUUUCUUCUUUGGAUCUUCAUGACUUUCCAGCCCUUCUGAAGGAUUUUUCUCCUUGGAUGGCAGUUAGAAAGAUGAAAAUUGUUAGCUAUUUUGUUAUGCAUUGGGUUACUUGCCUCUAAGUAAGCAUUAUUCUCAUCAAACCAGAUAAUAUUGGCUACUCUUACUUAUUUCUGUGGGAUUUGGGAGUCCUAAUCAGGAUCAGCCCCUUCUUGACAGGACCACUUAAGCCAGGGGCCUGGACUAUUCUCUUAAAGUAAUCAACAGUGAAAAAAUUACGUUUUUGCACCCAAAAUGUAGUGAGGUGGGUUGGAACAAGUAGCCGCUGACCUGCAAGUGGCAUUUCACACCACAGUGAUAAGGUUCAACCCUCAAAGAUUGCUACUGCCCUCUUUUUGGAUAGAGAGGAUUAGCAAGAACCAGCUGUCUGUCAUGGCUAACAGGCUAUGGGCACACAAGGAAUUUCCUUCCCCAGGUUUUGAUCUAGAAAGAAAUGUCAGUUGGUUUUUUUGCUGCAUCUCAGUGAUGCUAAAGAUACACUCCUCAUGCCUAUGUGUGUAUAGCUACACCUAAAUGGGCUUUUAUCAGCAAAAGGCCCAGUUCUUAACUCACAUAACUGCACUGCUAAGGCUCCUUGAGUGCAGCCCAGCUUAUAUAGAUUCUGCAGGCAGAAGGACGCCAGAGAAUUGCUCCUUUCAUCAUGACAGUGUUUUAUCUCAGGGCCCAGUGCUGACAUUCUGAGCGUUGUUAACCUCUGCUGCUUUAGGACUGGUGUGUUGGAGCACAUCACCACUGAAUCAGGCAUUCAGACACUUCUCUCCUGGGAAUGUUGUUCAGGAAUCUAGCUGGUGAAAUGUACUGACCUUGGUUAAGCUUUUCCUUUGAGAACUAUUGCCCUGUUUUUCCCACACAUGCCAGCCACCCCAGACCCCGCUUAACAAGGUACAUUAUGAGGUCCCCAGUGGAUGACUUCAUGAUUACUUUAAAUUAUAUGUUAAUAUGUUGUUCCCUUCUUCAUUCAGAUGUUUCAUUAUCUUUUAGUAAAGCAUGUGAAUGGAAAAUGAUUCAGUAUCUCUGUACUUUAGAGAAAAACAAAGUGUGAUGUCUUCAGCAGCAAUUCCUCUCAGUCAUCAGCAAGAUAGGGACCAGAAGGUGUGCAAAUAAACUACAGACAAUUUUAGCUGAAGGGGCUGGGCCAGACUAUGGAUGUACUAAACAUGACAGUGUUGAAGUCUGGGUUGGUGAAAAAUAAGGGCUUGGCAGCUUAGGCAGAUCCCCUCUGCAGUUUCUUUUGCCAUCUCCCUCAUUCCCACUCCUCUCCUUGCAGCCUUUCACCCUGACAAUUGUACUGACUCAGUUUACGGGGCUGGGCUGUGAAUCAGAUCUGGGAAUAAAGCCAGGAGAGAGAGAGGGAGAAGAGGUAUAAAAGGAAGGAGGCUGCAUUUCACUGCAAGCCAGUAUUGCCACUGAAACCCCCUUGUACCAAACUACAGCCUUCUGCAAUGAUGGAGAGAGGAGCCACAGCUUUUCCAAAAGGAACAUCUGUAAGCCAAGAGAAGGCACAGUUAACCAGUGCAGCCCCUACACAAACUUAGCUUUGUGACUCUUGCACUACUGGGAAAGGGUGUUACUGCUUAUCUCCCAAAAAGACAGCCUACUCACAGAGAGAAUGGAAACUCCUGGCUCAGUAGUUUGUUCUGUGCUGUCUGAACUGAAAAGGUUUUAGCUCAAAGUUCCCAUUUUUGUUCGCUAGCCUCACUCUCCAUAAUCUGCUCUGAUUUUAUUAUCCUCUAUAGGAAAUAAAAAGAAAUGAGAGGAGAAAAAGGUGUCCAAAGACUAUUGCCAGUCUGGUGAGUCCUGUGUGAUUCUCAGCAGCUCUGCUGUGCAGUACAUUUCACUCUAUAGUUGUUGCCACUGUGAGUUACUUCCGAGGUCCACAAAAGCCACAAAGGAACGGAAGUCAAUAGAUUUAGUCCUGCCAGCCUCUCCACUAGCAGUCCACAAAUCAGAGGAGGUUGAAAUUGCCUGCUGGAGUGCAGUACUUCUCAUACUGAACAAGGGAGAUAAAAAUACACUUCCUGUACUGAAAAGAUGUUCAUUAGGGCAGAAGAGCACAGGUAGGGAAGCAAGCUAUCGAGUGAUCUGACUCUGACAGAGCAGCAGGAUGGCUGGAUAGGCGUGCAGUUUGGUAGUGCAGCUGGGCUAUGUACAAGCUGGUUUCUGUCUCCGUUUCCCAUUUGCACUGCUUUCCUUAUGUUGCAUUUAGUGGCUGUGCAGCCACAGGGAGAAUCUGUUCAUCUGGCUGACAACCGGGGCAAACCAACCAUGCCAUAAAAGUGAGGAGUUUUCAGCCAUAUCAGCCAGCUGGAUCAACUCACCUGGAGCCAAUCCAUUGCUAGAUCCAGUGCAAGGGAAAGGGCAGGAAACACAGCUGGGAGCAGCAGUGCAGUGCACCUACUGCUAUUUGGCGUUAGCUCAUGGCUGUAACUUCUGUGCCCAAAGCUGCUCCCAUCCUCACUUCCCUGCUCCUGGCAGCAUGCUCUUGCUGCUGCCAGUGGUUUCCCAACCCCUUGGUGAGCCAGGCCUGCCCUCUGAGCCAGCAGAGAACUAACCCAGAUGCUUUAAAAGGUGAAAAGGAUUGCUGAGAGGCCCAACUAGCCAAAGAGCUGGCAACCAGGACGUUGAUGGGAGUGUGUAAUGUAUGGCUGGGAGCAGACCAGGGCUGCAGACAUCUCAUCAAACCUCAUUCUCAAUUUAACUCAAAGCAGGAGAAAUAACCCCAAACAACAGCAUAAAAUAGUGAGCUGCAGCUGGGCAGCUUAGAACCAGCCACAUGCUCUCCACUAAAUAAUCAGAGGAACAGGGACAGGCUUACUGCAUGCUUUUGAGAGGUGUGUUACCCUUCUGUUUGCUGAAUAGAAGGAAUGACGUGGAUAGUGCCACGUGUGACACACACAGCCUUGCUCUCACCGCGAGAGAGGCAGCAGGGGCAGCAGUUUUGCAGAGAAAUCUCCUCUCUGCCUAGCAUUUCCUGUGCCACUGGAUAGCUUGGAGUCUCAAAGGUAGAUACGAUUAAUUUGAAAGUAAAGCCAAAAGAGAAAAGGACACAGGAGGGAAGAAGCUGGUACGUAGUACAGCGCAGAAGAGGACGUGUCUGGAGCUUCAGAGCUCAGGGUCAGCUGUGUGCCACCUCUGUCCUCUUUGGGGACAUGUGCUGGUUGAGGUCAUACCCUGCCACAGAGGUACAACUCACUUUCUGGACGUGUUUGAAAAGAGCAUCCAUAGGUGCUCUGAAUUUACAUGGAUAGAAAUUAUUCAUCUGGCUCUUGGUUCACGUUUUUUUCUAGGCACAUAGCCAAAAUUUCAGUUGCUAAUUGCAUCAAUUUCCCUGUUCUCUCUUCUGUAAAAUCACUUCAUUAGAGGAGUUGGUUAAAUUCAGGAAGUGCUCCAAUUCCUGGCCAUAUCUCAUUUGGCAAAGACUUGUAGAUAAAAGUGCAGUGCUGCAUCUCCGAGGUCCUGUGCCUGUGAAGGGCGUGCCUGUUUACACAGCCACACCGCAGCAGAUGCAAUCAUAUCAGCAUGAGAUAAUGGAACAGGUAUCGCUACAUUUAUGAGGCUGAACUGCUCCUUUAUGGUCACCUGGAGCUGGGAUAGCUGCCUCCAUGCUAUGGGAUGUUUGUUGUCUCUCAGAAUGGGAAUAUUUAGUGAAGAUGGACCUUAGCAUGUGUAUGUUUCCUCAGGAGUUGCUCGAGCACGCUGCCAAUAAACCUGAUUUCAGCAGGAUUUGCUGACAUGGCUAAAAAGGCACUGCCAAGAUCCUACAUCCAAUUAACUGAUUCUGCACCUCAUACAGUAAGUUAGAGAAAUUGGUGAGAAAGUCACCAUAAAUUACUACAGAAAUGCACGGCAUUGGAGUGUGAUCCUUGAAUUAAACAUGUCCUGAACAUCUAAAGAGUUACUGAGAACAUCUGCUGUCUGUCACACAAAUGUUAGGGUCACCAUGAGCUCCUAAACUUUAGGAAAAGCAACAAGCAGACAAAAAAAGAGCAGUUUGGUGGUAAAUGAGGUUGAGUGGUCACCAAAAUGGGCAACAAGGGCAGAUGAUAAUGAUGACUCUAUGCUUCAUUCUAAGUCCUGGAAAAAGAUGUUUCUCCAACAUCCAAAGUCAAUUUCUAUGAAAUGACUGUGAUCAAGAGAACUAUAAGGGAAGACAAAAACAUACUUUUAGUCUGGAUUGUAUCAGACAUAAGCACAAAUAAAAUUUGGUUUUCUUCAUGUUUCAAGCAGAGUUGGGAGUCCACUACACUGUAACAAUACCUCCCUGGGUGGAGAGUGUCAGACCAGCUCCUAACCAAAGAGCUUAUCCUGUAAGAAAAGGCAGGCAGACAAAGAGGAAACCCUUAAUUAAACCAAAAGAGCUUGAACACUUUCUUCCCUCUGGUCCUGGUUCUAUUCAGUCAGUACAACUCCCAUAAAUAGAAAGCAGAGACAGUAAGAAGAGGAAUAGGAUUGUCAUGUUAUGGAAAAAGGUCAAUCCUGUCAAUACCCACAAAAGCAACUCAAUUUCCAAACUUUGAGGAAUUUAAUUAACCUAUUAAUCUGGUCCCCCUCCCAGAGGCACUCAUAGCCUUACCUACCAGGCACUGCUCUCCUUCCCAGCUUUAGAAGCCCUGGGCUGCUACCAUAGCACUAGGGCUGGGUGUGAUGGUCCCACUCAGUUUAUUGAAUGUAGCCAUUCCUGAGACAGCUGCUCAGAGAUGUUCCUUUGAGAUAAUCAAAUAUUUAGCAGCUGCUGCUGCAGCAAACACCACAUUAGGCCACAUCUCUCAAAGUGGGGCUCUUCCUCUGUUAGACACCACCACAGGAGUGGGACUCCUCCAGAGGACAGCCAGAGCCACAGGAAGCACAUGGGUUUCAUCCAGGGCUGUCUGGGAAGAAGGGCUGGUGCUCUGGUACCAGGAAGAGUGGAAGAGCUCUUUGUUUGCAUCAGGCCAGUGCCCUGUGAAUGUUUUGAUUCUUUACUGUAUAAUUUCAGUGAGUGGGUUGGUAUUUUUAACUGUCAAACAUUCAGCAGCUUGAAUUAAAUAAUUGAUUUAUUCUCUAUAAA